AUGUCCUUUAAGGCAGAUAUAAGUACGCUUUUCUACAUUCUGUUUAUUGUGGGAGGGGCCAUCUCCUUGGUCCUUGGGGCGAUAUCUUGGGCUCGCACCUCCGCAUUGCAUCUUCCUUUACCGACAUGGGUUCCAGCCGUCGCGACCGUAGUUCCCCCGACCACUUUACUCACCCUAGUGGCCCAGCAAAUCUUUUCUACCCGCUUGAACAACGAGACAGCUCGCAAUCGUCGAUGGAACACAACACUUGAUAUUUUAAAUCAGGCCCAGACAGUCAUAUCGACCAUCGUGGCUACAGCAGCACUUGCAUACCUCUUUCCUGACACAACCCUCUCUUGUAAUCUGAAUCAAAAAUGGCAGGAACUUUUCCAGUCGAAGAAUUCGGACGUGAUCCGGUCAAUCCAAGAUAAACUCCGAUGCUGUGGUCUCAGAAGUGUCCACGACAGGGCAUGGCCUUUCAAGGACCGGAACCACGGGGACAAUGCAUGUGAGUUGCAACUGGGCUAUCAGAGGAGUUGUUUUACCCGUUGGAGAGAGCACCAGCAGCGUACGUCUUGGAUGGUUUUUGCGGCGGCAGUUUUUGUUCUUGCGGCGAAGAUAGCUUUUGUCCGGCUUUCCGGCCAUCGAACGAGUUGGAUGGGCGCAGAAUCUGCGAGCAGGAGGACUGAAUACCAGCGUAUUUCACACCCGGUGAUGCAGGGUGAAGGGGACAAUGAGAAUGAUAUCGAUGAGGAGGCGCGGAGGAUAUUACUACCCCAGUCGAACACCGAGCAUAGAAACCACUGGGAGGUAGAUUAA